AUCUAUCUAUCUAUCUAUCUAUCUAUCUAUCUAUCUAUCUAUCUAUCUAUCUAUCUAUCUAUCUAUCUAUCUAUCUAUCUAUCUAUCUAUCUAUCUAUCUAUCUAUCUAUCUAUCUAUCAAGCAGCUCAACUAUAAAUUGGCAGUGAUCUUUGUUUUGGAGUAGUGGAAGCAAACGGUUAAUAGCCUACCAGAAUCGGAUUUGAUCUCAGUGGGUGUGCCUUCUUAUUCUUUUUGGCGUCCCCUCUCUUGAAGUAGAUCGCGCACAACCUAUUAAGAAGAGGCACGAGCUCCGGGACUGCCAUGUGGUCACUCGGCUCGCGCUCCCGACGCCGUCACCACGCACGAGAGCUGAGUGGGAUGGAAACUCUAAAGCUGUUUUGAGAGGGAAGACUCUAUCCAGCCUCGCAGUUCUCCUCACGCACUACAGGCGGACGAUUUGUCCUACUUGUUUUAGGCCUGUUAAUUUGACGCAAACACACUCGCUCAUUCGACUCAGUUUCCUCAUAAAAAGACUUCCAGGAAUGGAGUCGAUACCCGGUCAGCUUUCCACGGGACGAGAUGCUUGCUCUUCCCCUAACUCGAAGCAAGAACUGCAGCCUUUUUCUGGCAGCAGCUCGCUGAAGCCUAAUCAAGUGAGUGAGGCUGCGCUGUACGGAGUGCCCAUCGUCUCUUUGGUCAUCGACGGCCAGGAAAGACUGUGUCUGGCGCAGAUUUCCAACACUUUACUGAAGAAUUACAGCUACAACGAAAUCCACAACAGACGCGUGGCGCUUGGAAUUACGUGUGUGCAGUGCACACCGGUGCAGCUGGAGAUCCUGAGGCGCGCGGGGGCCAUGCCAAUCUCCUCGCGCCGCUGUGGCAUGAUUACCAAACGGGAGGCCGAGCGCCUCUGCAAAUCCUUCCUCGGGGCUCACAACCCUCCCAAAUUACCCGAGAAUUUUGCAUUCGAUGUUUCACACGAGUGCGCCUGGGGCAGCCGAGGAAGCUUCAUACCUGCGAGGUACAACAGCUCCAGGGCAAAAUGCAUCAAGUGCACCUAUUGUAAUAUGUAUUUUUCACCCAACAAAUUUAUAUUUCACUCGCACCGCACACCUGAGUCUAAAUACACACAGCCGGACGCGGCCAAUUUUAAUUCAUGGAGACGCCAUCUAAAACUCACCGACAAAAGCUUGUCUGAUGACAUUUGCCACGCGUGGGAGGACGUCAAGGCCAUGUUUAACGGCGGGAGCCGGAAACGGGCAAUGCCGGGGAGUGGAUCAGAAAUGUCCUCCCCGCUCAAACCGCAGGCUUCUGGUAACAUCACGCAGACCGCUUCCCCUGACAUUCCUCACAAAACUUUGCGCUGCGACGACAACCGUGGUAACCUCGGUUUAACCAACAGCGUGCGUAACUACCCGGUCAUUCCUGUGCCUAGUAAGAGUUUCGGCAUGCUCCAGAAGAUCCCGCCACCCAUCUUCCCGCAUCCGUAUGGCUUUCCAGCAUUUGGACUGUGUCAAAAGAAGGAUGAUGGAGUUGGUGAGCAGAACAAGACUAAUGUACCUGGUGUGUUCUGGCCAGGUGCGAAGGACGGUAUCUAUCCAUCUUUCCCCAUGUUUUGGCCCACCACGGGCAGCCUGCCGCUCUCAUCCUAUCAACCAACACAACUAAAACCGCACACGGAGCUCAUGAGUGCCCGGCAAACCGAAGCUGAAAUGUCAGAAAGCGAGCGGGGAGGAAACACACCUAGAGACAGUCUGUUCGACAGCGAGCGCUGCUCCAGCUCGCAGUCCCUAAGGAACGACGAGGACAAAUCUGGGGACGAGGCCAGGUCAAGUGAGGGUCAACCCAGCACCCCCAGAAAGUUGAGCUAUAUUUCUGCGUUCAGACCAGUCGUUAAAGAUGCAGAAAGCAUAGCCAAGCUCUACGGAAACAGGGACGCGUACAGCGGAGCUCAUCCUGGCCAUUUGUCGCCAGACUUUGUUAGUGAGAGCUCCAGCUACAGAUCAGCCUCUCCGUGUGUGGAUAGCGAGGAAGAACCAGAUGUGGACGUGGAGACGCACAGAAUUCCAGAUGAUGAGGAGUCUAUACAACUUUCCGUGGAUGAUCGGCAAAGUCCCGUGGGAGAAAACAGUCAAACGCCGCAGCCGGACGAUUUCAGUGAUGCGGGCUCCCCUGAACACAAUCAGAACAAGCAGGUGGCAAAGAAGAAUGAUGCCAUUGCUUACGUUGUGUACUCAAAUGAAAAGGAGGGAGCAUCUCUUCAAAGCACACUGCCAUGUUUGGCCUCUAAACUUCCUCGCGCCGUGCCGGAAACAAAUGAUUCACACAUUUCAACUGACGACGAAUGUGAAUCACAAAAAUCCUGUUCGGACCAAAUUAGCGUUAGCAAAGAGAACCCAAGCGAUGCUGCAUUGAGAAGAACUGAUAGCAGAUUUAAUUUCGAGAAAGACAUCGAAAAUAUGGCGAAAGAGGAGCUCCAAAAGCAGCUCUUGGCGCAAGUGGAGUUGAGAAAAAAACUGGAACGGGAAUUUCAAAGUUUAAAAGAUAAUUUUCAGGAUCAAAUGAAGAGGGAACUGUCUUAUCGAGAGGAGAUGGUCCAGCAGCUGCAGAUUGUACGAGACACAUUGUGCAACGAGUUGGAUCAGGAGAGAAAGGCUCGUUAUGCAAUUCAGCAGAAGCUUAAAGAAGCUCACGACGCUCUUCACCAUUUCUCCUGCAAAAUGCUCACUCCACGCCACUGCACAGGGACCUGCACCUUUAAGCCGCCCCUCUUACCACCUUAACUUAAAGCUGCAUCCCAGGAUCCCAGUGACAUCUGUAAACCUCCCCUAAAGGAAUUCUCCAUUUACACUCUGUUUGAGAGGUUCACGUUAUGCACACUGAACACUGAGGACUGCUGAAUCACAAUCCAUCCAUGGCAAGUGGCAUUUGAACAUUCUACUGUGGAUGAAAGUGUCUAUUACUUAAGGAAAACAGAGUAACACAAACCAGAGGAUUACAAUAACUGUUCAAAUACUUAUGCUGUUACUUGUGUAAAUAGGUUGAUUUUUUUAAACAAUACAAUCCAUAAUAUGUGGCAAUGUGCAAUGAACUGUAUAAUGUGAAAUUUCAUAAACUGGAAUUGAUUAUUCUCAUUAUUUAUGUGUUUUUAACAUGUAAUUGUUUUUCUCUAAAUGAAUUCACUGAUGUGCUAUCCCAAAUUAAUUGUGUAUCAUCAAUAUUAAGCACUUUAAAUAAGCAACAUUUCAGACCAAUCUAUCCAAAAUUAUUCAACCCCAAAAUUAUUCAAAAUCAGCUGUAUCUCAUAUUUAUGUAUACAAC